AAAGUUCUUCUUCGCUGUCGAGAAGAGGUGCGUGCGCGUUUCGAAACCGAACACUUCCUUCUUGCAUUGAGGGAAGCAAAAAAAAAAAACAAAAAAAUACCCCCGGACCGCGGAGCAAAAGGGAGAAAACAAAACGUGAGAUGUCCACCGUAAGAGGUUAGCUCGUGCAAAUGCUGCAAACCAGAUAGCAGGCAUUGAUUUUCACAAAACCGCGCUGUAUAGUUUGCUAAAAAGAAACAAAAUGUAAAUGGUGCUAUAAUAGUUUAGCUACACCGUGCUGAACCGGUGCUGUGGAGUGUGGAAGCAUAAUAACCCCGUGAAGCAUAAUUAUCAUCGAGCGAAAGCACGUUGCAGAGUAUAGUGUGUCGUGCAAUUGUUGUGAAGUGUGCUGCACGAGAAGAAAAGAGCACAAGUGAAAGUGUUUUAUAAAUGAUAAACCUGUGCUUUACAUACAGUGCAAAAGCUUUAGUGAGUGUUUGUGUGUGUGUAUGUGUGUAUGUGUGGUUCGUUUUCGUAUUGUGCGUAUCAAAUGCAGCCCAGGUGUGUUGCAGCAAGCCGGGUGAUUUGCAUAAGUGUGUAAAUUAUCUCGCCACUGUGGCAGGGUGUGUAACUCGUGUGCGCUGCUUAAAAGCUCGGGCUUUGUUCGCUCCGGUAUGCUAGCAUGAAUGAAAAGGCGAGCCGGUGCCAUACUGCUGUUGCGGAACAGAUGUAAAGCGGGAAAAAUUAACACGUGUCCAAACUGCAAACUUGCAACGCUGGUUCAGUCCGCUCCCGAAAGCAGCAACCCGGUGCAAAAGAAGAGGUGCUGUCCGAACGGCGAGGUGUUGAGCAUUAUUACGCGGAGCAUAAUUUAUUAAUGGUGCUGACGAUGCAAUAAACAAAAAAAGCCACCGCCAAGCAAUGCACAGUAGAAAGCGAAUGAAACAAAUGUUCCUGCCGCAGUAUCAGCGUCCGCGGGGCGAUUAAAGAGUUUUGCUCGAUAAAGAGUCUUUAGAGAGGGUUGAUGUGUGUAUGUGUUGCCCCUUCAGUCGUCGUUUCUAACCAUGAACGAACCGAUUCGUUGUUAAACAUAUCACGCAUCGCGCGAACCGGGUGCGCUAUGUUCGUUUGCUAAAAAUCGGGCAAGAUCGGUUGCUUCUCUAUCCGCACCAUUCACUUUGCCAUUGCACGGUCCCCACCACACGUGUACGUGUGAGGGUGUGUGUGUGUGUGUGUGUUCGUGCGUUGAGUGAGCGGAGCCGAACGCACCGGGGUUUAGCAAAAGCAGUCAAGGUGGCCGCGUCGAAGAGAUCCCGCGGGACCUCGGCGUCCGAAGGUCGCCUUGCGCCGCCGGCCGCAUCGACGGACAGUGUCGGCGGUGGGCAUACCGCUGCAACGAGCAAUACCACCGCCACCACCGUUGCCACCUCGUCCUCGUCCGGCGGCCCGACCAUCGAUCCUUCCACCGCCAGCCUACGGUCGUCCAGUUCGCGCCAGGGUUCGGUCGAUGGCGUGAUGCAACGAUGCGGCCUCUGCUCCAUCAUCUCGAGCCUGCUGCGGCGCGCCAUGUGCGUCGGGUCGCGGCGUGGUAGCGGCGAGUCCUACUACCAGGAGCUAGCGGAAACAAAUGUACGUCAAUGUGUUAAAUACAAUGAAUCUUCAACCAUCGCGGACGUCGCCACGGUGGAAACGACGGACAGCUCGAGCUACAAACGACUGAUAUCAACCACAUCCAGUAACGCCCCAACGGCAGCGGCUACGACGACGAUCGUGGCACUGCAGACGCCCACCGCGACCACCCCAACCGUAAUGCUGCUGCACGGUGACGACGAGAUGGAGGAGGACGAUGCGCGGCGGGCACUGAACGGUGCGGCCGUGCGACGAAUCUCCGAACAGGACCGGCCCCUGUUCGAGGCACUGAUGGCGGAGGAGCGCGGCGAGCUGCCCCGGCGGCGGCACGCCUGUACCGGCCGCUUCCUCACCAUGCACAAGCGCCGCAGGAAGAAGCUGCUGACGCGCAGCCUCGCCCUCGAUCAGGCCAUCCUGGACGAUGUGCUGCACGGUCAGGUGCAGUGCAUUCUCGAUCGCGUCAACCACUGGCGCUUCAACGCGUUUACGCUCGAGACGGUCACUGGUGGACGCUCACUGCCGGUAUUAUGUGUUCAUCUGUUCCACUGGUACGGGCUGCUGGACCACUUCAACCUAGACGUAGUUAGAGUAUGGAAAUUGUUUAGCUUAAUCGAGGAAGGCUACCACAGCACGAACCCGUACCACAACUCGAUACACGCGACGGACGUCACGCAGGCGAUGCACUGCUUCUUGCAGGAGAAGCGCAUCCUAGAGAAUCUGAGCCCGCUCGAAAUCAUGGCCUCGCUGAUCGGUGCCGUCACGCACGAUCUCGACCAUCCGGGCGUGAACCAGCCGUUUCUGAUAGCGACCUCCAACCAUCUGGCGGCGCUGUACGAGAACACGUCCGUGCUGGAGAACCACCACUGGCGGUCGGCCAUCGGCUGCCUGCUGGAGAGCGGCGUCGCGGAACAGGUGCAGGACAUACGGCCCGAGCUGGAGCGGCAGAUCAGCUCGCUCAUACUGGCGACGGACAUUACGCGGCAGCAGGAGUUUAUCGGCCGGUUCCGGGACUACCUGAGCCGGGAUGCGCUGGACAUGCGCGACACCACCCACCGCCACUUCAUCCUGCAGAUAUCGCUCAAGUGUGCGGACAUCUCGAACCCGUGCCGCCCGUGGGACAUCAGCAAGAAGUGGAGCACCAAGGUGUGCGAGGAGUUCUUCCGGCAGGGCGACUACGAGCGGCAGCUCAACCUGCCGGUGACGUCCCUGUGCGACCGGCAGUCGACGACGGUGCCGAAGAUACAGACCGGGUUCUUUAAGUUCGUCGUCACGCCGCUGAUGGACGAGUGGCACCGGUUUCUCCGCACCGAUCUGUCCCACUCGAUGAUGCACCAUCUGAAGUACAAUCAGACGCAGUGGGAGAGCAAGCUGCAGGCGGAGAUCAACGAGGAGACGCGCACGGAAAUCUCGGACGCCGAGCUGCUGGACGAGGAAGACAUUGACGGUGGCGAGGAGGAUGGUGCCGGUGAGGAUGAGGCGGACGAUUCGCAUCAUCUCGAUUUGUCCGACAGCUCGGAGGUGCUGCUACCGCUGGCGAUGGCCAAGCUUGGCCGAAGAAGCUCACUGCAGGUGGCUGGUUCGGCGAACCAUGGCUUUGCGGGACGGAUGCGCAACGAGCGUCGACUCUCCGUGCCCGCGACCCACUGCAUCCCGAAGAUUAUCCUACCGGCGAAGGAACCCUCGAGCGGUGGCCGUUCCGGUGGUGGUUCCGGAACCGGCGAGUUCACCCUGCAGCCGCCGGAAUCGAUCCAAGAGAGCGAUGAGCACCGGUUCGAUGCGGACUCGCUGUCCAUCUUCUCCUCCGACAGUGACAGCUUGCACCGGGGAGCGCGCGGCUCCUCGACCGGCAGCACCGCCGACCGGGAGCGACCGCUCAGUGCGGAAAAUCUGCUGCCCGACUGCAGCAUCGCCUCGAUGACGGACGGUGCCUGCGGCGAUCGGCUCAAUCUCGUGCUGCACGGUGCGGUCAGCGUGGGCAACACGGCCAACCUGCUCACGGUCGGCACGUCCAAGCAUCUGAUCCGGCAGCAAACCUUCCCGCCGCUGCAACCGUACGUCCGGACGCGCUACAUGUCGUCGCAGGCCGAGCUGGGCGCCUGCCCGGAGGCACUGCUCGAAUCGCACUCGUCCAGCUCGAACAGCAGCGGAUCGACGAACGCAGCAGCGGCGUCGGCCGCCCUAUCUAACGUCGAAUCUCGUGGCCGCGUACUGGCGACCAGAAAGGACAGUAUCAAGCGGGAGCAGCAACCGGACGGGGCCGGCUCGUCCCAGGCGGACGGGGCGGGCAAGAUCAAGGUGCCGAAGCUGUCGCUCGGCCAGAAGGAGAACCUCGACCCGUCGAUGCUGAAGCGCAGCCUGAGCAGGCGGCGCGGAUCCGCCCCGGUCACGGUGGCGCUGCCCACGAAGGCGAGCGAAACGGCGGGCGGAGCUGCGAGCGGCGUUGGCAUCGUCGGCGAGAUUGGCAAAUCGUUCAUCAUCAAAACGUGCGAUCUGAUGCGGCGAGGUUCGAUGCCGGUUGACGCUCUCAUCCACUCCAAGGAUCUUCCCACGUCGCACAGUGCGGCUGGCAGUGCCACCGCCGGUGCGGCCGGUGCCGUACCUUCCAACGCAGCACAGCUACCGAACAGUCUCGUGGCACCACCGUACCCCGGCAUGCAGCGGCGUGGGUCCGUGCCGUGCGAAAGCACCAACAAUGUGGCGCUCCGGAGCAGCUUCAGCAUCAAGCGGCGCAGCACGAAGAAAGCGAUCCGCCGGCGGUCAUCCGGCGGGGCGGAAAUUCUCAGCCCCAUUCUGUCGGAGGAUGCGGCCGGUGGUGGCAGCAACGGUGCGGGUUCGUCGUCGUCGUCGUCCAACGCGUGGUACCGGAUCAAGCGCGAUUCGGGCCACCGGCGUGCGGGCGACAACGAGAGUCUGCUGUCCCGGCGGCGAGGUUCCCUGCCGGUCGAGGUCCUCGCGAUCGGUUACUCCGGUACUCUGCGUCACUAGAAGAGUGUAGAGGAAUGUUGGAAUUUCCACCCCACAAACCAUCACAUUGUCGUUUGCCAUUUCCAUCAUUCCAAUCAUGUCCAACCGUCGAAGCAAAACCCCGGUGGCAAGGCAAUCGCGGCGCUAAACUGUAGCGAUCUAAUGCAAACGAAAACGACGCUACGAUAAGGCUGUCCCGGCACAGAGGAAAGAUCAAAAUAUCAUUCUCCAGUGGUGAAAAUUUCUUGAGGGGAGAAAAAUUGGAAAAGAGAAGAAGAAGUAGAAAAAAUGGAAAACAGAAAUAACAACAAAAACAACAAAAACAACCCUUUUUGCUCAUUCCUACCACCGAUGCUUCCCGCCUAUAGUCGAGUUAUAGAGUGUACACGGAACUGAACAACUACACAAAGCAAGAUGAAUGAAAAGAGAGAAGCAAAAAGUAGACAAGACAACAACAACAACAAAAACACACACAAACAAACAUCAUGCAUUAUGGAUAAGAAUACAAGAACUGAUCAGUUUCAAUGAGAACAAAACAAAAUUGAAUAAACCUUAGCAAUGUGUGUGCGUAUCAUUAGGAAAUCGAAGAAGAAGAAUAAGAAGAAAAAACACUUGGAAAAAAGAAAGGAGAAGAAAUCCCAUAUUUGUCCCCAUUUGUUGUGUGUUUGUGUGGAGGGGGUAUAAGUGAAUCAGAAGAAAAAUUAAUCAAAGCUAUAUCGAAACACACUAGAAUGAUCGGAAAAAAAUCCAAAUAAAUCUGUGAGUGGUAGCAUAUUUAAAUUGACUAAACAACAAUCGUUGAUAAGUGUGCGUAAGUGUGUGCAUUGGUGUUGUAGCAAUUGUAGAACGUAAUGUUAAGAAAGAGAGCGUAAGCGACAUAAAAGGAAAGAGAGAGAGAGAGAGAGAGAGAGAGAGAGAAAAAAAAACAUUAAUAUAAAAACACCCGGUUAACGAUAGGCAAACUACUAAAAACACACCACCAUCUCCCGCCGUCCCCGUCCCCUCUUCGCCCCUUUAGUUAGAAAACGGUGCUUAAAAUCGGUGUAAAGAAAAGGAUAAAGACGAAACGAACCACAAGUCAAGGCAAUGUGUGUGGGCGCGCGAUUUGGAAUGCAUGUAAAAGAUAAAAAGUGAACAAAAGUGAAAGGAAAAUGAAAGUAAAAUAAUGCCCGAAAUGGGGGAAAACCCCACACCAUCCGGCACACACACACACACAACUGGAGAGCUUAUGUAAACACACACACACAUACAUCUCUACAUCUCUCAAGAUCAAUUCUUCACUUUGCAUACACCACGAUCAAUUUAUCUCUCGCCAUUCUACAUCGCACCAUCGUUCUAUCGAGUCUAUAUCAAUCAUUUGAAUCAUUGCACUUACUAUACACGUCACAUUCGUCCCUUUUUACUAUACUAUAAGGAGCUGGUAUUCCUCGAAUGUAAGUGUAUGCGCAAGUAUGUGUGUGUGGGUGUGUCUAAUUUUCUUUCUGUUUGACAUUAACAAAUUAUGCCUUCCCAUAUUCGUCUGCACUCGGAAUGUGCAGGAAUAGAAAUCGUUUUGCCCCUACUUCAAAUGCAUAUAAUUUAAUGUGGAAGAAAACAGCACACAAGAACUCUUUUCCAAAAACAAAGAAACACAAAAAGGGGAAAGUUUUGUGUUAAGAGAAAGAGAAAAAGAAAAGAAGAAGAAAAUGGAGAAUAAACAAAUAAAUAUGCUAGACGGUAGAACCUGAACGCUGGCUGGUUCCAGCCCAAGGAAAAGAAACAGAAACAUAAGCAGUAGAAGUAAACAGUAGGCAACGGCAUGAGCAAAGGUGUGAAGCAACUCUUCCAGCCAAAAACCAUGCAAAACCAACAAGAAAUAGUAAACGACAUGAACAAUACAUAUAACUUUGGUCUGUAGGGCGCAUAGCACAAUAGAGAGGAAAAGAAGAGAAAGAGAGAAAGAAAGAAAGAAAGAAAGCGAACAUUAGAAACCCAUUGGAGCUAAGCAAACAGAUAAACUUCCACACAAAAACACAAUACUUUUCCAUAAAAAAAAGUUUUGUAACGUGAAUUGACUGUGAAAAGUGGUGCAUGAAGAAAAUAGGAAACUCUCUUCCGUUUUAGUGUAGCUAUUUCGAUCCAAUCAAACAGGAAAAGAGCAACAACAAAUAGUAAAAAAAGACAACAAAUUAGAACAAUAAAGAAACAAAAGUAAGCACAUAAUAGCGGAAGCGAAACAGAAGCAAAAUUCGAAUUCACAAGCGCAAAAGAAAAAAACAACAAAACGAAUCAAAACAAUGCCACACUUUGGCAAAAAAGUGUUAUUUAUUCUAUGUUUAGUAUGUUUAAGUUGAGCAAUAAUAUAUUAAAUAUUUGUUACUUUUCACCUGCUUUAGUUUCAUCAAUAACCCCCAUAUCUAUUCUAUUUUAUUGCUUUUUGUUUGUGAUUUGAAACACACUCUUUUUAAAACGGUUCCCUCCUCCCUUUUUUUGGCUUCACUUUCCUCCAAUAAUCGAAUAGGAAGGAAGAUACUCCCAUCUUAGCACAGCUUAGAAAUCAACAAUUACCAAAACAAAACAAACAAAACCAACAAAAACAAUAGAAAAUAUCGCAUAAAUAGUUGGCUUUUGGGGCGUGUUUUGCGCGCACGUUUCAGUGUGCCUGUGUGAUGUGUGUAUGUGUACCAGCAAACAGCCGUGUAGCCGACGUACAAUAGCGUUAAACGCGGUUAAGAAGCCUCCUCCUUUCCCUCUCGUCGUUCCUUCUCUGACUUUUACGUCAAAAUAGUAAACAAAAUGUGUAAUAGAAAAACAAAUGAGAGAUGUGUAUUGCUGUAGCGUAAAUGUCUCAACCAUAGAACACAACAAAAUAGAAGCAACAAACAGUGCAGUGCGUUGAAAGGAAAGAGAAAAACAAACAAACAAACUGGAACUUUACACAACAACAUAACAGUAAAAUAGAAACAUAAUACUAGCAGUGAGCGUUUCCCUGUUGGCGUUACAGUUUAAGCGUAACGCAUAACACACACACAGACGUGACGCAAAUUAUCCUGGUAACUGUUUUUAGAUGUAUUUUUCGACUCUUCAUCCUGGGACCGUAACCUCAACACCUCCCUCCUCCACUGGUCGGUCUGGAAUCGAUGCAAGGAUGGGAAAAGGAGGAAUUUGGUCCAAGUGUAGCACUCACAGACCGCACUCUUUACCCAUUUGUAACUUUGUCCUUUAGACGCAUUUUCUGCAACGCAAGUGUUUGCGACGUGGUUGAGUCAGUCUUUCCUACUUACUGUAUUCACACACACACACACGCACUCCGGUGUCCUUCGACGAUGGCGAUCGUCAAACUUACUUGAACGAACUUUAAUGAAACGGAAAUUGAUAUCUAAGCGUACACGCCACUUCAGUCGACGUCGGUGUUGGAGAGCGUGUUUUGUGUAAAGCCGGUCCUCUCCCCCCACUUCCCCCAUUUAUCCGAUGUGUGUAAAGGUGUAUGGGGAAAAACGAGCACUCAACUACGCAAAAAUAUUUGGAGCAGGAGCUUGGAAACGGACAAGAUUUUCUAAGCAAAUAAACUAAAGUAAAAUACAAACAAAUAAAAUUGAAAUCAUCCAUCAAACAUACGGAAGCGAACUUCACAAACAGAACGUUAACAACGUGUGGUUAACAUUGUGGCAGAGGAACCUACAAUAGCAAUGAGCAAACAUACAUGUAAACCCUUUUUGGAACCAGCCAUUCUUAACAUUACAAAGCAAAACAUAUACAAAAAAACCAACUGCAUACUCGAGUCUGGCACGAGAAAGAUGCAAAAUGGUGUGAAAAAGGUGGAAAUAGAAUAUCAAACAGAACAGCAAACAGUCACAAAACAGGAACAGCAAAAGAAUUAAAAAGAAUGUUGACCAAACAAAGCAACAAACAAAAGAAUCCAAAUUGAACCAUUCUACAACUAGUAGUAGCAGCUACUAAAAAGCAGCAACAUUAAAGAUGAAAAUCCUAAUUUUCCAUACUCUACACUUUUGUGUAUGUUGUUUCUCAUAUUACGUACUACACACUUUAAUUUACCAUCAUCACAGUGAAUAAACCAUUGGAAAAUCAACCUUUACUACUAUCUUCAACUCCUUUAACGAGCGCAACAACACAAAUAAGCAUUAAAUUAAGUGUGUAAAAUAAACCAAAAAAACAACAACAAAUGGAACAAAACCUGAAUGUCCCUCUCUAACGUCCAUCAAACAAUGAGAAACUGAUAAAACAAUGUAAACAAAAUGGAAACCCAACAUUGAAUUGCAGCUGGAAUCAAAAUUCGGAUCGAAUCGAAUCGGACGAAACUUGCUGUGAAAAGUGUAAUAGAUGAAACAAAUAGAGAACAAAAAUCAAGAAGAACAGUUUCUUUACGAUGUCGUUUUUUUUCUUGUGUUUUGUUUUUAUAUGUUUUCUAGUUUGCUCGUACUUUGUACUGUCUUCUCUCUCGAUCGCUUUUCUUUAUUUUUAAAUGUUUUUAUAUUUCUUGUUAUCUUCUUUUCAGUAAUGAGUUUAUUCUUUUUCAUGUAAUAACCUUUCAUCGCAAUCUGUUGAAAUCCUUCUAUUUCUAUCUAUUUUCUUAUCUUAUUUUCUCCUUUUAGAGACUAUUUUCAACACCUAUCUGCUUCCUUUCAGCUUUUUUUUAACGUUUUAACGUUUUUUUUUUCUUAUUAAAUAGCAAAGUUCGACCACAUUCGCUAUAAAACAAGUCUCCGACCAUAAUGCGAAGGAAAAGAGGAAAACACACUCAUACACAAACACCCACACACUAUGGACCAAUUCUUCACUAUUCUAUACAAUGCUAUUACUACUAAUACUACUACUACAACAACAACUACUACUAAUAACACUACUUUGUACUGUACAUAGAAUGUAGCUCAAUUUACUCGUAAGCUCCAAACGCUGUCACUUUACCAAAACCUUCCAUUCGAACGACUGAACAUUGCAAAACAUCUUAAACAUUCAAAAUAUCUUGAUCAAUUUCACAACAUUUUUUAAAGAUGAUUUUAGUGUUGUCACCAUUUUGUUUGCAACGAAGAGGAACAAGACUCUCGCAAACUAAAUCAAAAUCGAUGGAAAAUAUAUGCACUAGUUGUGUAGGCAUCAAAUCGACAGUUUUCCAAAUCCAUCCGAUAUUUUGUCGUAGAAAAUUUUCAUAUUUUUUUUUAAAUCAACUACAUAUAUAUUAUUCUUUCCCGCACUAACUUGUGCUCUUUCAUUUUUUUGUUGAAAAUAUAUUCAAUAAACAAAUCAUUACAUUAAAAAAACACAUUCAAUAUAUCAGCUAAGAUCAAGGAUCGGAGAAAUGUGUCCGAUAGGACGAUAUUAGUGCGAAACGAGCGAAACAAAUCGAAUAUGAACACAGAAAGGUUUACGGCAAAAAAAAAACAAAACAAAAAACUUUACAAUAAGUGGUAAUUAAAUGGAUAAGCAUUAGCAGAAGAAAACAAAACCGAAAGCAAAAGAGUCUAAUCAAAUUCGCCACAAAAGAAGAAGAUGCAGAAGAAAAAGAAGAAGAAAAAGUAGAAGAAGAGAAGAAAAAAGCAACAAAACUACUUGUGUAGCAAAAUAUCCCGGGUGUGUAUGUAUGUGUGUGUUUUAUGUAAUUUACACAUUAAGCAAAGGAAACGAAUUUCCCUUCUUACUGUGUGCAUUCGAAUAUAAUGCAAAAUAGAGAAGAAAAAAAAUACAAUGACAUAAAAUAGAACAAGCAAAUUAAAGAGAAAGGUCACAACUUAAGAGAAAAAAGCUGUGCAUUAAAUCACAUUGAUCGUACGUCUUUCCACGAUACAAAACAACAACAAAAAACAAAUCCUUCGAUGUGUUAAAAUCUAAUUAGAAAAUGAAAAAAAAUUAACAGCAUGAAAAAGCAAAGAAGAGCGUGGCGAUAAUUGAUGAACAAAAGGACUGAAACACAAACAUAUUUGCAGCACACUAAAACAGGCUAGAAAAGAGGGUAACGAAAUCACGAAUUUUGCGCUGUUUGCUUGGAUCGAUUUGAUCAAAUCUUCUCACCAUGCUUCUUCUUCUUGUGUCACGAGCUACUCAUACGGGCUCUCAACUAAACUAAUGCCAGCCGGUCUGGCUAGAGAAUGAUAAUCGCACUAUCCUGAUGAUGAGAAUGAUAAUCGCUGUCCUGUUGUCAUUAUUUGCACCCUUUUUUUAAUCAACUCCAUACUUUUUGGUUUUUUGAAGUCUAUAAUGAGAUGGAAAAUGGGAGAGGGAAACGUUGAACUGCUUUCCCUCCGUCCAUGGUUUGAACAAAUGUUACCACACCGAUAAGAAGACAGUUGCUGUGUCAGAAGGGGAAAAUGGCAAAAAUAAAACCCACUCCACCGCUCGGGGUUGGAAUCUAAUAGUCGUUGAACUCCCAUUUGCAUGCCAGAUAAGUGUUGUAGUCAUAAGCGUAGAAGAAAUUAAAAAAAAAAACACACACAAAAGUUAAUACGAUGUGAG